AUGGCUUCCAACAUAACGUCCUUCAGCACCCUUCGGGCUCGCUCUUACGUAUUUCGUUUACCGCUCUUUACGCGCAUUGUUCUCCUGGUCAUUAUCGCAGCAUGGUUCGCAGGUCUUCAACAUUCGUGGGAUGUCAGGCACUGGGGCGCCCUGAUUCCUGACCAGCUGUCCUUUACCUCUUCAUACCGAAUGAAUACGUUCCCUUUCGUCCAUGUGAAUCUCAUCCAUACGGUCAUGAAUCUGGCGGCUCUCGCGCCAUUGAUGGAGCGGUUCGAGGCAGAAUUCGGCACCUUGACCUCUAUCGCCCUCUUCAUCGGCCCUCUGAGCACGAUCCCGGCUAUUCUCUACACCUUGAUCGAACGGUUCCUCUUCAAGGGCAACACCGAAGUUAUGGGAGCUAGCGUCUGGGUCUUUUUGCUCUUGGGCAUCGAGGCGAUUCGAACGUACAAGACGAACCCCCACCUGACGAUUGCGACGUACUCAAUUCCGACGUGGACAACCCCCCUGAUCCUCAUCCUGGUGGUUACGGCGCUCGUUCCUGGCACCAGCUUGCUUGGUCACCUCUGCGGCGUCCUGGUUGGAUAUCUCUUCGGCCUCGGCUACCUGAAGUUCCUCAGCCCACCCGAAAAGGCCCUGCGAUGGAUCGAGUCGAAGCUGAACCUCCUUGGGCGGCUGCCGCACUACGUGAGCGUCGACCAGAAGACAUACGGUCGAUUCGGGGUCUUGCCCACCAACACCCAUGCUGGUGGCGGCAGCGCACCGAUUGCGCUUGUUGGCACGACUCAACGACUUGGGCCAUGA